CAACGUCAACGUUUUGUGUACGUCGAUCAGUGAAAUUGAAGUUUACUCGCACGAAUCCUGCCGGGUAGUCUGAAUUAUUUAUUUACGAUGAAUUCGUGGUUGCAAUAUAUUACCUCCAUCCCUACGCAUAUGGACUAUGAUGGUCAGGGCCAAGCAGAAAGAUUGUCAAGGCUUAUCAUAACAUUAUUCGGAGUAGUUGGAUUUAUAUGGGGAUACGUUAUCCAACAAUUUUCACAAACAAUAUAUAUUCUUGGUGCUGGAUUUGUGAUGGCUGCGCUAAUUACAGUACCACCGUGGCCCAUGUACCGCCGUAAGCCUGUAGAAUGGCAGAAACCUCAGUCCGAGGUUAGCGUUAAGUCAAAGAAGAAGAAAUAAUUGACUGCUGUCUGGUAUUGUAUUUAAAGAACACGUGUUAUCAUGUAUCACAUAAUACUUAAUUCGAUGGAAAGAUUAAAUUUGUUCUUGUCACUCUACAAUAAAAAUCCUGUAUAUAAUUAAGAAAUGUAGCAUACACACAGCGAGGAAUUGUUCUCAAUAAAUCUAAUCAUGAUUCAAAAAGAAAUGCUAAUAAAAGUAGUAAAUCUUAAGAAAUUUUAA